GCUGUGAUCAAAUGCAGUGAUCAAGUGUGAUCCAGUGCAGCACUCAGCCUGGAGAAGAGGCCACUUCUAUCUACUUUUCGGGAAAUGACUGCGGGGGUGUGAGCAGACAGAGGAGCGCCGGCCCUCAAACUCCACACCAAGUUCUGAAGCAGCCAGGGAAACGCAGCACACCCAGGUUUGCCCCCACGCCGUUUGCUGAUGAAGGGCCACGCGCCUCCCGACCUGUGGGGUGACAGGACAAUGGCGGGUCUGCCGGAGAUCCGGAAUGCCUGCUACUUAUUAGUGUAUUAGAAACACACUGCCCGCUCCACUGGAACGCCCCUGCUUUUCCGAGAAACACGUGGCAGCUGCCGCCAUUCCGGAUGGCACUCCUGCGCUUCUACCCUGUGCCAUCGCGCAAGGACAACUCGGAAUGCGGGCUCCCCGCAGAAUGCGCUUCCCCACUGGUGUGUGGAAGGCAGCGCAGCAGCACCUUCUCAAUGAGCCGGGCCUGCACGGAGGAGGGGACAGCAGAAGGCUGGGGAUGCGGGUCCCUCCUGAGGGGAUGGCCACGGGAGAAAAACAGGAUCCUUUCAAGCUGCUUUUGAACUGAGACUUUAAAAAAAUCGCUGUCUGUUUUGGCCUGGGGCUGCAUACUUGCAAUGAUAAAAGCAGUUCUUUCAGCUCAGCUGUAAAUCACAGAGCUCCCACAGCGAGUGGCAGCAUGCAGAGGCCUGGGCGGGGGACAGACCGGGCUGGGGGCGGGGCGCCGGCGUGCGUGCAGCCCCUGCGAGCGCAAGCAGACGCCCAUCCAGCGCUGGCCCCCGCUCCGGGCCCCGCCGGGGCGGGCUGGCUGACUCCCCCUUUUCUAGUUUUUCCAUGUUCGCUGGAUUUAGCAACUGCUGUUUUGGCUGUAAUCAGAGCCCCAGUGUGGUAUAAUUAUUCCAGCAUCACAAAGUGCAGUUUUGUUUCCAGAGCCGACAUUUUAAAACCUUCGCUGCUUGCGUGGUGCCAACGCUGCCAGCGCGCUUCCUGCACAGCCUGUGAACGGAAAUCAGUGCUGCACACAGCCGGAAAUCAGGUUUCAGCGAAACUGUGGCCCCGCAAAAGCACAUCCAGGUUUAGGGCUCCCCAAGGGCCGGUGCGCAGACCUGCCGGUGGAUUUGGUGACCCUGAAUUCACCUCUGCUCCGGAAGAUGGGCUUGUCCAACCCCGAGGGGCCCGGCAUGUGGUCCGAGCUAAGAACAGUCCCAGCCUCUGGCGGGCCUCGGAUGCACCCAGACAGAUGGCUUCAGCAGAUCCCUCUCCCUGCACAGCAAGGACACGAGGGGAAAGUACUGAGGUCAGAAGACCACGCAUUCGCAAGCAACCAUCCUGGCUUCUGAUUGACACAGCAUCUCAAACUGGGCUGUGUCACACACUGAGGGAGUUUCUCCUAUACUAUCUGAUACAAAACUCCGCCAUCACAGGCGCUCUUCAAGAUACAACCACAAGCACCACUUCCCUGCACCCCCCUAGAGCCCUGCACUCCACCUGCAGGUCCAUCUCCCAGAUGCAACAAAGCGAGAGACUUAGGUCAUCCUGCUGGCGGGUGGAGGCUGGAGCUGACCUCACCUCAGUUCUCUGCUGGACCCACAGCCUGGAUUAACAGCUCACCAGAGAGAUCUGUACUCUAGAAACCUGGCAAGUGGAGUAUCACAAUUCAAAUUUGGGACAAAAAAAAAUUGUCUGAAGCUUAAUAAGGGGUAGCGUUAAUCUCUGUUUACCCACGUAAGUACUUCCUUUUGUUGUUUGUGUUUUUAAAAAACCUUGAUGAAAAGUUUUAUUAAUCCAGAAUUGUAAAGUUAGAAGAAAAUGUUAAGAUAACAGAUUCUCAUGUGCCAGAUGACAAACAGGAGUCAAAAGAAAUUAGAAUGUUCUUAUUGUGUACUUUACCAUCUCAAUUCUUUAAGAAAUGAUUGACAAAAUUCAAUGACAGCUGUUCUCUUAAUUAACUGCAUUGCUGGCCAUG